ACUCCCGCAGGGAAAAAAGGAGAAGUUCCCAUUUUUGGCUUAGAUUUGCCAUUUGCCCCGCUACCACUUCUCUUCUCCUCUCAGAGGAGAGAGAGAAGACGAAGAAGAAAACAAAACGUAUAACAUCUAGAUAAACGUAAACCACUACCCAAACACUCAUUCACUAUAACUCUCUAGGGUUAUCACUUUCCUCAUUGCCUUUCUUCUUCUCGCAUUCUCUCACAUUUCAGAGAUCCGCGUAAAUUUUUGUAAUCGGGCUGGUAUACAGAUAGAAGGGUAGUUUUUGUCUCAAUGGUAUGCUCUGUAGGAAGUGGGAGAAUGGCAGUAAUGGCUAGACUUCUGGAAGCAGGAAGGUUCUUGCCGAAUGGAGGAGAUGGGGUAAGCCAUCAGAAAUUAGCUGCUCAAAACAUUUACAGAGAAUUAUGUCAGGCAGAUGAAGCUAAUUUGCUGGAUGAAGAAGAUAUGCAUGUCUUUGGUCUGAAACCUAUGACUGAUCCUUUACAUUUGGUAUGUUGCAAUGCUUGUAAGAAGCCAGUAAAGGCCAGUCAUUAUGCUGCUCAUGCAGAACUUUGUAGGUCAUUAAAUGCUACUGGGGAACCUAUGUUGGAUGUAUAUAGUGGUACAGGGAAUAGGAAACCUCCAAGGAAGGAGAGGAAGAAGUUACUUACAGCUUAUGCUAACCAAGCUACGCCAGUUGUGGAGCAAGAAAGGUCAGAGUCUACUGACGAUGAUUCUUCAUCUUUGACUGUGGAUAUAAAAAGAAAUUCUGCUAGUGUAGACACAGCUUCUGUGAUGGUUGCUUCAAGAGUUAGUCCUGAGAAUACAGAUCACUCAGCCUGUGUGAUGCCACCUCCAGCAAAACGCUCAAAAAUGAUAUCAGAUGAGUGCCUACCACUAGCAGGUGAUCCAGAGUCAGCUUGUUGCGUAACAAAAGUCACAAAUUCUCAAGGCCCUCAUACAUGUAGAAAUUUUCUGAAACAAAUGACUCCUAGAAGUGACAUGUCCAAUGAUAAUCUUCGUAAAAGCCCUGGACAAGUCCAUGAGCAGUGCAUGCAGAUGCUAGAUUUUCCAGUUCCUCUUGCCACCAAAAUAUAUUACUCUCAAAGAAACAAUCGUCUCAAGUCUGCACUUACUCAUCUUUAUCAUGAGGCAUCAAGUAAGGAACAGGGCAAAGAUGUGGUGAUCCUGCAAGCUCCACAUCAAAGCACAGUGUCGUUACAGGCUUUAGCCCAAGGAGGUUCUUCACAAGAACAAGGGGCUGGCGUGCUCAGCAAGAAGCUGGAGUCCUCUGUGCAGACACCUGAUCAGAUUCUUGCACAAAAUUCAGAAGUAUUAUUGAGUAAGUCAGGAGGGUGCCUUCCUGCUACCAACUUCUCCAAUCAGUUCCAAGUUGAUAACGUUCUAAGGUCACAGAAUACUUCUGUUGGGUUGGCAAGAAGUAAAUAUCUCUCAAAGGCUUAUGCUCUUGCAGGCAACACAGGAAAACUGCUGGGAAACAUGCAGCAGCCUAAUGGAAGUGUUCCUGUUGUAUAGAAGACGUGGUAGGAUAUUUUUCGUGUGGCGAAGGUGUAAGUAGCUCUAUACAUGAGAUUAGGAUCCAUUUUUGAAAACAAGAAAGCAAAUCAUUAUAAAUGUUUAUGCUAAUUUUCUACAUUAUUCAUAGACAUCUUCAUCUGUUUAUGUUCAAGGGAAAUAAAGAAAAGUAUCUUUCAAUCA